AUGGCGUCCUCCUCCACGUUGAACGCCCCGGCCGCGUUCGAUGAUGACAAGACUUUAGACAUAAAGCCGGACGAGCGGGAUGGAAACAGCGACAGCAACAGCAAUAGCGAUGUUGAAAAGGGACAGGUUGCGCAGGCACAGGACGAGCUCGACUGGGACAAUGCUCCCGAGAAUCCGUAUAACUUUCCAGGAUGGAAAAAGGCUCUGACCAUUUUUGCGUUGGCUACAAUGGGUCUCACGGUUUCAAUAGCCACAUCCAUCUCCUCCUCGUCCGUCAACCUUCUCAUGGAAGAGUUUGGCGUCAGUCGAACCGUCGCCCUAUUGCCUCUCACCCUCUACGUCGUUGCUCUCGGCCUUGGCCCCAUCAUCGGCGGUCCUCUUUCCGAGACCAUUGGACGAUAUCCCGUCAUCAUGGGCGGCCUGACCAUUGGCGCUCUCUGGACUCUUGGAGCUGGCUUCGUCCACAACUUUGGCGCGCUGUGCUUCUUCCGCUUCCUCUCUGGCUUCUUCUGGGCUCCUAUUCUGGCUAAUGCGCCUGGAUCCAUCUCAGAGACGUUUAUGCCAAAGACGCGAGGACCCGUCAGCGCCAUCUUCAUUCUCACACCUUUCCUGGGCCCCGGUCUCGGUCCCGUUAUUGGUUCUUUUGUUUCCGUCGACAAGGGUUGGCGAUGGACUGAGUGGACAAUGCUCUUUUUCUCUGUAUUCAGCAUUGGUCUGGGCUUAAUGAUCGGAGAAACUUUCCACCCCGUUCUCAAGCGUCGUCUAGCCAAGAAGAAGGGCAUCGAAAUGCCUCCUCUCCCUCCCAUGAACGAGCGCAUAAAGACAUUCGCCGUUGUCGCAGCUAUUCGACCAGUCAAGAUGUUGUUCACCGAACCCAUUGUCACAUUCAUCUGCCUCUACGUCGCCGUCGACUUUGGUACCCUUUUCAGUUUCUUUGGCGGUGUCCCUUAUACCUUCGGCACGGUAUACCACUUCACCACCGAUCAAUCCGGCCUGGUCUUUAUUUCCAUCGUUAUCGGCUGUUUCCUUGGCCUUGCCACAAUCAUGGCCUGCGAAAUCUUCCUCUAUCGAAAGCAGAUCCCCAACUAUCCUCCUCACAAAGUGCCUCCGGAGCACAGACUUUAUCCCGCCAUGCUCGGCAGCUUUGGCUUGCCCCUUGGUCUUUUCUGCACCAUGCAGUACACUACCGACACGUUUACCGGAAAUGUCGUCGCGAGUGCUUCCAGUGCCAACAGUUUGGCUCGAUACGGCUUUGCUGGCGUGUUCCCCCUCUUCACGAUACAGAUGUACACCACUCUCGGAAUCGACUGGGCCAGUAGUCUGUUGGGAUUCAUUGCUCUGGCAUUGAUCCCCAUCCCCUGGGUCCUUUUCAAAUUUGGCCCUAAGAUCAGGGCCAAGAGUAGGUUCGAGACGCACAAGUACGAGUAA